AGUGACCGGGUGCUUGCCUGUGAGCGAAGAUGGGCUACACUCGCUCGCUGGCUGUGCACAUAUCAAGAAUUAAUUCACCAGAAUAUUCUUCGUUAUGGCUCAGUGAGAUGUCUUUCACAAUCUGCUCAACCUACAAGGAAGCCUAAUUACAAUGUUGGGACAAUUGGACAUAUUGACCACGGGAAGACUACGCUUACGGCCGCCAUCACCCAUGUACUCAGUAAACAAGGAUUAGCGAAGCCGGUGAAAUUCGACGAAAUUGACAAGGCAAAAGAAGAGAAGAAACUAAAGCGCGGAGAUAUUCGCAUACUGACUAACAUGAUUUGCGGUACGGCACAGAUGGACGCUGCCAUUUUGGUGAUUGCUGCCACUGAUGGUGUCAUGGCCCAAACUAAGGAACAUCUUAUCUUGGCUCGUCAGAUUGGUUUGAAACACGUUAUUAUCUACAUCAAUAAAGCUGAUCUGGUCGAGGAGGACGUCCUCGAUCUCGUAGAAAUUGAAGCAAGAGAGCUAUUAUCGGCUCACGGAUUUGACGGUGAUCAAGCUCCUGUGAUUCGUGGAUCUGCUUUAAAAGCCCUAGAAGGAUUAGAUUCCUCCAGCAUAGUCGAGUUGCUCUCAACCCUUGAUGGUCUACCUGAACCGCAACGAAAUGAAGAUGAAACCCUCGUGAUGCCUGUGGCUUCCAAGACGGCUAUAACAGGACGAGGUACUGUGGUCAUUGGUACUGUAGAGCGAGGUGUUCUGAAAAAGGGUGACAAAUUGGAAAUAAAAGGCAACGGCAGAGAAGUGUUCACAACAGCCUCCGAUAUCCAGGUUCGAGCUGGUGAUCACUGCGGAGUACUUUGCAGAGGUGUGAAGGCUGACCAUGUUGCGCGAGGUAUGUGGCUGGGUCAUGUUGGUGCAAUUGAAGUAACAAAUCACGUAAAAGCGGAAAUCUAUCUGCUAAGCGAAGAGGAGAACGGUCGUAAAAUUGGCAUCCGAUCUGGGUUCACUGAUAAGCUUUUCUGCAGCACGUGGGAUCAGGUCGCCCGAUUUGAUCUCUCGCAAGAACUUCUCAUGCCGGGAGAAAAUGCUAGCGCAACAGUCACACUAAUGCGUACAAUGCCGUUCCGGAAAGGAAUAUCCUUUACCUUGAGGGAUGGCAGUCACAAACAGACCAUAGCAAAAGGGAUGAUCUCUGAGCUUCUUCCACCGGUUCAAGUGGAGAAAAUCGUUACUUGCGAUGAAUUCACCUCCGAAAAUAUCCUUCGACGUGUAAGUCAGAUCGACGAGUCUCUAAAUCGACAGCUCAGAAAA